AUGUCCAACCGGUUCUUUAAAGCCAAAAAUGCUUUCCAUCCCGCGGAUCCGCCGCACGGCAUGCAAAAUUAUGAUAUAGGCGCUUUAACGAGAGAUCAGAAGCAAUCUUUGAACGAAAUGAAAAUGUCUACUCGAAGAGAAAACGAAAUUUACUUUAACUUACAUCCGGAAGUCAAAGGUUUAAUCACCAUUUUGUUAAGACACGUCCUAUCGAAGCAGCCGCUCAUCGAUAUUCCCGAGGUCGUAGGUACAUUUUUCAACAGACCGCGUCGUGAAAUUGUCGCUGACCUUUUGGAUUACUUGUCGUCUGUCGAUAAACGACCGGAUAUAAUAGACAGUCUUCGACAGGAACUAUUUCGAGCGACUGAUGUCGAGGCUCAUAAUAGCAACGAUUCAAGCUCACGAUCCGAUUAUGACUCUUGCGAAUGUAAUAGAGAAUGCGACCCGUAA